GUUCAGAAGUCCUAUUGCACCUUCAAGAAGACUCCUGCCUGGGCCUUCGGCACAGCAGAUUUUCACGAUGAUGCUCUGUUCAACGAGUUGGCGGAGCAGGCUCUUCGCAGACUCGAAGAGUUCAAGCCACAGGAGAUCUCGAACAUGCUGUGGGGUUUUGCAACCAACAGCUUCUUCCACGAGGCUUUCUAUGCAAGAGCUGCCGUGGUCGCUCAACGAAUGGAGUUGCAGUCGCAGCAUUUGGCGAACAUCCUCUGGGCCUUUGCACGCGUGAGGCCAAAGCAUGCACUCACGCAGCAGACGGUGUUGUCCUUCCUUCCGCUUUGCACGAAGCAGCUCCAAAGCUUCAAGCCGCAGGAAGUGUCUUCGACUCUCCUGGCCAGUGCCAAGGCUGUCGGGAACUCAGACGAACUGGCACCGGCUCCGGCCACCCUCGAGAGCUUCAGUCCAGAGGUCUUGGACUUUUUCCAUGCCUGUUUGCCCUGGGUGGUCGCACGGAUGCGGGAGUUUUCCGAGCAGUCCCUAGCCAACUCGGUCAGUGCGUACGCGAUGGUUCCGGUGAACGGAUCCGAUACUCUGGUGGAGUGCGCUGGCAAAGAAGUCCUCGGGCGUCUUCAGGAGCUGGAUGUGAACGCCCUCGUGCAUCUGCUGAAGGGGUUCAUGAUGGUGCCAACCAACAACCCGAUGCAAGUCAUCAAGGUGCUUGCGGAAGGGAUUGCUGCUCAGCUCGAUCGGGUCCGAACACAGGAGAUGCAGAGCUUGGGCCGCCUUUUGAACAGAG